GAUAGGCUAUGAUUAGGAGUGUGCCUAUGUGUCCUAUAAAUAUACUUUUUUUCUUGCUUAUAAAAACCCCCCUUGCAACAGCAAACAUCCUAUAAUUCCUAUUCACUUUAGCAUGCAUCAUCAGCUGAAGCUCAACAUGAGAAGACAAACUCCCAUUCAUCUUCUCCUUGUAUGGCUCCUGCUUGCAGCUUCUCAAUACCACUACACUAUUAAUGUUCAAGCUAUUGAAACAGUUCAGUUCAAGCACAAUUCUGCACAGCCUGGCUCUGGGUCGGGGUCCGGAACCAGAUAUGUUUUACCUACUUGGGUCAGUGGAAGGAAGAUCCAUAAAACUCCAUCAGGUCCCAACCCAGUAGGGAAUCAUCGCCCACCAUCAAAGCAAUGAACAUUUGAUGUACUUGUUCUUAACUUAGUAUGUAGAAC